AAUUUCAAUAUAUGUGUUAUGUUUUACGAACCCAGAAAUCAACUCUCGUUGAUGGAUCAAUUUAUCAUAAAAGCAUCUUCCGUACAAAAAACACUACAUAUAUAUUGAGUUCAUACCUAUUACGUAAUAAUGACAUACUUGCUCCAUGUACACAAAACUCGUACGAGCAUCUUGAGUUGAACAACAGGUAAAAGUGGGAGAGAAUUGCCCGGAGAGGAGGUAUUGUAAUGUUGGGCUUUGUUGAUGACAAACAGUUUCAUUUUGAUCAUCAUGUUGGGUGCAUUAAGUGCAAAAGGAGCUUAUUUGCGUGGAAUUUACAUCUUUGGAGUUUUACAAGAUCUCUGUGGGCAUAAAAAGUUUCGGAAGAAAGUUCUUGUGAGUCUUUUGCGAACUUGUGCAUUCCUUGGUACAUUUUUAUUGGCGAUCAUCUUUAUUGGUCUCACAUGGAUUAGACCGCAAUUUCCCAUAAAAUCCUGUCGACGUCCUUGCAAUGUUCUGGAUCUACCGAUGAUAUGUCGCUUGCAAUUCACUGUGGAGGCAAUCAAUUACCACAAACGCGAUUGCAUAAGUUGCCACAGUAAUCCAACAAAAUUAUGCCGUGAAUGCGGGGAAGAAACCAUUUCUAUCAAUCGACAAUUUUCACCGCCACAGAUUGAAGUAUGUGAAAAUGAUAUUGUUGUCGUGGAUGUCCUUAACAAUGUCCCCAAUACGAGCAUUAAUAUAUUGUGGAAUGGUCAGGAUGAAGAUCUAUCGACAAGAGAGGAGGAUAGAAUCUUCUACAACAGCCUCACCAAUAAAUGUGAUCAUCGAUAUAAAUUUCGAACAACCCAUCCAGGAUUUCACGUGUACAGUGUCCUGGCCAGAGGCAAAUCUCAAGUGGAUUUGAAUAGUUUCCAUGAAACUACGGGAAGUUUAAUUGUUCGUAAAUUAAAUAAAAUUCCACGUGGAAUUGAUAAUGAGAAAUUGAUUGAAAUUUUUGAACAUGAUCAAGAAUUGAAAAUCAAAACAUCCCCAGAAUCACAAAGUUCUGUAAAUGACAGUACCCUUUUCCAAGUAUUGUAUUCAAAUUCAACAUCUAGAGUUCCCAUAAAUUUAUCAGUAAGGGACCAUAAAAUAUUAGUUCAUUCUAUAAAUGGAAAUUCGAUAAAAAGUACAAAUUUUCCACGAAUUAAAUUAAGAGUAAAGGAUUACAUUGAAUUUUCGCUAAUGCCUUAUCUUUAUUCUAAAAAUACUCGCAUUUUCCUCAAUGUAUCAACAGAAGGGUUUCCCAGAAAAUUGAGCAAUGAAAUAGAUUUUCACUUGGAAAAUAGCUCAACGACAUCAUUUUACUUGAGAUGAAAUUAUGCUAAAAAGUUUCCUUUGUGAACUUACAUAUUCCCAUAAAGUAAGCAAAUGCCGGGAAUUUAUUUAGAUUCCCAUUUUUAAUUGUUCUCUGAAUAAUAUUUAUUUGAGUUAAUCUAUGAAUAGUCCUUUCUCAAGCAUUUUACGCACAAGAAAUUUACAUUAGUGCCUGGCAAUGUGAGUAUUCCCGCGAAUUCAAUCAAAUAAACCAAAUUACAUGAUUCAUUCAGUACACGCAUAAUAUAAAAGUUUAAAGAAUUUAUUGUGCGUGCGUGAUGGUGUGGACGCAUUUUUUUAUUAUUUCGUGCACGAUUGCAAAAGGGCUAAUAAAAGUCGAAGAAUAAAAAUUUAAGAAUUGCAAAAUAUCUUGAAAGGGUGUGCUUUUUAAUGGAUUAUAAAAAUUAUAUUAUGUACCUAUUUAUAAAACAAUAAAAAUCUCUGAACUACAUUAGGAUGAAAUCUUUGAUCAUUAAGAAGCAAUAAAGUUUAGUCUUUAUGAAUUAACUUUUCUUCAGAAAGCUUCAAUUUUGUAUUGGGGCAUCAAACUCUAAAAAGAAAGUGAAGUGAAAUUUAAAAUAGAUUUCCUAAUAGAACUGCUUUUCAGGGAGUAAUAAAUUAUUAAUUAUUUAAAGUACAACAUUAAAACGUCUUUGAGAGUACUUUGACAAUAAACCGUAACGGAUUAAGCUUCAUCUCACAGUUUGGUUUCUAUGCAAUGACUUCCUUUAGCUUUUAAAUUAAAUGAGAAAUAUUAUUAUUUAAAAUGGCUCUUGCAAUUAUAAUAAAAUUCCUUGCAAAAAGUAAUAAAUAUUAUUUAUUUGAUUUUAUUUAUGCAAUUUAUGUCUAUUGUAGCUUGAUUGCAUAAAACGUACAGACCACUGUAAAAAAUAGUGGUACACUGAAGUGUCUUUAUUCUCUUGGGAAUUGAGAAAAGUUUCUUAAUGUGAUUUUGAAGCAAAUUUAUUUUUUGAUAGACAUUUUUUUUAAUAGAAAAAAAAUCUAGUUCUUCUAAAGAUAUCGAGCUUAACUUGCGAAAAGUUCAAUUUAGCAAAGAGAUUCAAUUUGAAUUCUCGCUUUCAAUUUGUUGAGAAUAAUUUUAAACACUCAAUGUUCAUUUUAACAUACAACUCAUUUAAAUAAAUUUAAUUAUUUCGACUUUACUAAAAUUAUUUCAAGGUUCAACACAAAUCAACUACACACCCGUUGACUUUCAUAUAAUGUUUUAUAAUUGCCACAUAUAUGUUAAGACAAUAUAAUUUAUUUUUGUCCCCUAAUGAAUGUCUCAUUUAAUUCGUGUAUUAUACCUACGCUACAUAUUAUAAGAAAAAAAAACAACAAAAAUAAAUAUUUUUCAUUUUAUGUGCAAAAAGCCACCAACUAUCCGUAUACUUAUUAGGUAAUCAAAUACAAGUUUUUGUGAACUUUAAAUGCCAAUAUCACAUUUGCAGAAAUUAAUCAUAAAAUUCAAUAAAUUCAAGUGCAUGAAUGCACUUUCACUUUCCUCGCACAAUGCAUGGAUCUGGGUGGGUAUAUAUGGAGAAAGUUUUGUCUUUUUCCUCCGUGGUCAGUUAUUGGAUUAUGUGCAUUUCCGUAAUGCAUCAACAUAAUACUCACAGAGGAAAACAUUUUGCGGAGAAUUGUGCAUUGUGAGAUAAGUGGCUUUACAUGAGAAG